AUGGCGGGUUCAGAGGGAAGACCCAGUGCAGGAGUCAUACCACACAGUGAUGCAGCAGUUCUGGGGGCCAACCGUGCGGACGGCAAUGGCGGCGGGGACACGAGUCUGGAGGCCGGCCGCGCGGAAGGCAGCGGCGGCGUUUGGGAGGUCGUCCAUAGUGGCGAUGAUUCCCAACAAGCGGCCUGGCAGACGACAGACGAUGUCGAGGCAGCAGUAUGGGACCCAAAGGCUGCGUGGCCCUCGCAGCACCAGGCGAGGCAGAGGCUGAAGCUAACGCUGUACCAGGCGACGCCAGACCAGGCAAAGCAGAAGCUGAAGGCGACGCCGGACCAGGCGAAGCAGAAGCUGAAGGCGACGCCGGACCAGGCGAAGCAGAAGCUGAAGGCGACGCCGGACCAGGCGACGCUGAUGGCUGGACGGGCUCCUCGGCAAUUUAACUCUCUGGGGUCCAGGGUGGAGGGGACAGGUAGGGCGCAAGACCCAGACGAUGUCGAGGCGUGGGGAGGCAGGCAGUAUACAACCUACAGGAUCAAAAAGGGAAAUAUCUUUUACCCCUUUGUUCUAAAUGACAUGAUGGGGUUGAAAGACACAACCAGCAGAGGAAACAGAAGGAUUCAUGUGAAAGAUGUCAAACAGGCGCUGAAGGGCCACAUAAAAGAUGGUUAUACGUUCAACCCUGAAAAUAAACUGUCAAAAGGUGAUAGAUACUACAACAGAACUCCAACUGAGAACGACAAAGUGCACAUUUUGGUUUGUGUUGUUGAUGCCAACACUGUGUCUCUGAUGAACGAUGCCACUGUGGAAGCAAUACAGGACGUCAGAGAUGAAGCCGCUGAUCUGGAGAUUCCACAAGUGGCAAUUUUCACCAAAAUUGACGAGGCUUUUCCUGAGAUAAAUCAUGAUGUGAAAAAUGUCUACAAGAGCAAAUCUCUGCAGGAAAGGAUUCAGCAGUUCAGCAAACGUGUGGGCAUUCCUAUUAACUGUAUUUUCCCAGUGAAGAACUACCACUCAGAAACAGAAGUGAAUCCUGACAUUGAUGCUAUAAUAAUGAACGCCAUGAGACGCAUCAUUGAAAUUGGAAAUGACUCCCUCAACAGAAAGUUAAGAUCCCAGACCUAG